UUCCUACGUCACUUCCUGCGCGGCAGAGCUUGAGCCAUCCUGCACAUUGAGAGUUAGCUUAAAUAACUCACCAUGCUUCGUGCGUACAAAGUGUUUGCAGCGUUUAGAGUAGACUGAUGGUUUUCUACUAGUCCGCGAAUGCUUGUGAGUUUAGCGCCACUUUAACGCUGACGAUACACUUUGUUGCUCGGUUUCGCUGCUGGCAGGACUAGCCUCGUUAGCUGCUAACUUUAGCAGUGUGAAGAACUUUUUAUGAAACUUUAAGCUAAACGCUCGCACAGUCAUUCGCUCCGAAAGACCAGAUGGGGUUUCAUGGAUUCCUGGUUUGCAGGUAACUGUGGGCAAGCUCAGAUUUUGACUAGUAGAUGUCCCAAUUUGUGCUGACUAGCUCCAGUUUUUUUAAAUAGCAUCGAAGUCAAUAUGUCUAAUCAGUUGACUGCAGAGCAACAGAGAAAGAUUGAGGAGAACAGACGGAAGGCUUUAGAGAGAAGAGCCCAGAGACUUGGACAGACUCUUGGCAGCAGUAAGCAGACCACAGCAGGCUUCAGCACUGCUCCAGUGCAUGCACAUCUCCCUAAGCAGAGCGUUUCUGCGGAUCAUGCUACUUUCGAUCAUCACAGAGAAACCUCAGCAUCUGCAAUAAAGUUUUUUGGACCCGUCAAAAAAGACUCACAAAGCGUCCAAAAUCAGCAACCAAACCACCAGGAGUCUUCUGGCACUGGCAACCAGUACACCUCUGCUAAUAAAAGACAGAUACAAGUCAUUGACCCACUCCAUAUAAACAGACAACAUGCAGGAGGAAGCGUCAGUGUCAAGUCAGCUCAACUUAAACCCACCCUGCCCUCCAGCAGCUCGGGAGAUGUACCCAGCUCAUUUUACAAGCAGGCUGCUAAAGCUGCCCCUGUGGCACAGCUUCCCUCAAAACCUACAACCCCGAAUGCCGUGCCUGCAAAGAAGCCUGCCGUCUCUGUUCGGGGAAAAUGUGCACCUCACUCAGAUGGACGUUUCAGGGUGGAAGUGGGCUACCAUGCAGAACUUAUAGCUGUUUUCAAAUCCAUCCCCUCAAAGAACUAUGACCCAGCCACAAAGACAUGGAACUUCGCUUUGGAGGACUAUCGGCAGCUAAUGGAGAAUGCAGCAGCUAUUGCUUCUGUGUCUUUGAGGCCUCUUGAGGGAAUGGAAGUUGUGGACGUCGCAGCAGCCACCAGUCAAGCAUGCAACGGUGUGUCACUGGCAGCGCUGCUGAAGCUGUGUAAUGGCUGGCAGAAACCUGACGCCCCCCUCCGAGGGCAGUGCUUCCUGGUGUCUCGGACAAAGUUUGAGGUUGACAUCAGUUUCCACGCUGAUGUUAUUGCAGCGUUUAAGCAAAUGCCUACAAGGAACUAUGACACGCAGACAAGAAAGUGGAGCUUUUCACUCGAGGAUUACAAGAGCCUCAUGGAUCUCCUCAGUGGGAUGGCAGCAGUGGAGGUGGAGCCUCUGCCCAGGGCAGUGAUCCAAGCUUUCUCUGCCAGGUUUGAUGGGACUAAAGCCAAGUCUUUAGACGUCCCUGAGGCAGACCUUUCCAGCAUCGACCCCACACUCACCCGCAGCCUCAUGCCCUUCCAGAGGGAGGGAGUCAAUUUUGCGGUGUCCAAACAAGGCCGCCUCCUCCUGGCUGAUGACAUGGGCCUGGGGAAGACAGUGCAGGCCAUUUGUAUCGCAGCUUACUACAGGAACGAGUGGCCUUUACUGGUGGUGGCUCCCUCCUCCGUGCGAUUCACCUGGGCUGAGGCCUUCACACGCUGGCUUCCUUCCCUGAGUCCUGAAAGCAUCAACGUGCUGGUUAAGACCAAAGACAAGCUGAGGGCCGGUUUGAUCAACAUCAUCAGCUACGACCUGCUGAGUAGGAUGGACAAGCAGCUGCCAGGAAACCACUUCAGUGUCCUCAUCAUGGAUGAGUCCCACUUCCUGAAGAACAUGAAGACUGCUCGUUGUAAAGCAGCCCUGCCCCUGCUGAAGGCAGCGAAGAGAGUGAUUCUCCUGUCUGGGACUCCUGCCAUGUCCAGACCCUCGGAGCUCUACGCCCAGAUUCUGGCUGUCAGACCGACUCUAUUUCCUCGCUUCCACGAGUUCGGGAUGCGCUAUUGCGAUGCCAGACAGAACACGUGGGGCUGGGACUACACAGGCUCUUCUAAUCUGGGAGAGUUAAAGCUGCUGUUGGAGGAGAGUCUGAUGCUGCGCCGCCUCAAGUCUGAAGUCCUCUCCCAGCUUCCCACUAAGCAGCGGAAGGUGGUCACCGUGACCAUAGACGGGAUCAGCACACGCACAAAAGCUGCUCUCUCAGCUGCAGCCAAGGAGCUGGCCAAGGGUCAACGCAAUAAAAUGCAAGAGAAGGAGGCCCUCCUCGUCUUUUAUAACCACACAGCUGAAGCCAAGCUACAAGCCAUUAUGGAGUACAUCACAGACAUGCUGGAGUGUGGGAGGGAGAAGUUUCUCGUGUUUGCCCAUCAUAAAUUAGUCCUGGACCACAUCACUGCGGAGCUGGGGAAAAAGAACGUCAGUUUCAUUCGUAUCGAUGGGACCACACCGUCAGCGGAACGACAGCAGCUGUGUGAAAAGUUUCAGUUCUUGUCCAAGGCCUGUGUGGCUGUACUGUCAAUCACUGCAGCUAAUAUGGGCCUCACUCUGCACUCUGCAGACCUGGUGAUCUUCGCUGAGCUUUUCUGGAACCCCGGGGUUCUCAUUCAGGCAGAAGAUAGGGUUCACCGAAUCGGACAAACCAGAAAUGUGAACAUUCACUACCUGGUUGCCAAGGCAACUGCUGAUGAUCACCUGUGGCCGAUAAUCCAGGAAAAAAUGAAUGUCUUGGAGCAAGUGGGUCUGUCUGAGUCAAACCUCUCAGACAAUGCAGUCAACGCCAGCUUUCACUCUAAGGACCCUAACCAGAGGAGCAUCAUGGAGAUGUUCCAGAGAUCGUUCUCUGCGGAGGAUGACACGGACGAAGCUCUCUUAAUGGAGGUCGCAAACGACUGGGAGGACACUCCGCCUGAAAACACUUGUAGUUGACGUUAUAGUCCCAUCGUGUAAAGCCUCAGCUAAAAAGCACUUGAAAGUCUGUGCCUAGUUUCAAGCCCAUCAUGACCAACACGAGUUAAUAAAUGCUAUAGUUUUCUUAUUCCAUGUAAAAUAUCGCUACAAAAAAUAUAUAGUUUUGCUAAUAAGACAAAAUAAAUAAAUGUGUCGACCUGA